GGUAGGCUUACACAGUGUAGAUAUUUGCAGAAUUUUAUUCCACCUCAUUUCCUAGCUGGGUCUUAUGCUCCCCUAUAAAACAGGUGUGUGCACUUCGUAACUUGGCAGUUAAAAAUUUAAACUCAAAUCAGAUUUUCUGAGGCUGAUACAUCCGUACAAACCAAACACAGUCAUUAGUUCAUUAUAGUCAGCCAAUGUUGUAAAGCCGAAGAACACGGACAUUUAAAGAAUAAACUUAAGGUGGGAAGCUUGUUUAAAAUAGUAGGCAUAAUAGCCAGCUUUGUUACAAUGCUACUGUGCCCCAUAGAAACUAUCUUCAUUUGCGAAACCUGCAGUCUUGCCGCACUUUAUAGAUGCGUUUUGCGUAUAUUCAUUCGUCAUAGCAAAUUAUUCCAAUUUACGACAUUUUAGUGCAUACAAUUGCAAUGUUUGCCCUUGCACUGGGACUCUUAUUUUGGAACUAUCAGGCGUGUUCAAACUUUAAACUGCCUAUUUGUUUUGUUCCUCGGCACGUAGUCAAAACGCAGUAACUAAGUAUCCGGGCAGGAAGAUGCUUAUAAGUGAUCCGUAGUUUUGAUAUGGUUUUGAUGAGUCAUUCUAACAAAGGCGAGGUUGGUGAGAUGCUGUGGAACGCAUAGUUUUCCAGGAAGAUCGUUUCUAUCGUCACUGGCUGCGAAACCACAUUGAAAGCUUUCGACAGGAGACUUCAUCGUUAGAUAUUGGUCAGUAGUGCUGUGGUCAACUUCCAUGAUGGAGAACAGUUUGAAACAGUUUGCAGAUGAACAUGCCACAGCAAUUGGUGUUACAGCUUUCGUUGGUAUAGGGCUCUACGCGUUUCGUAAAUGGAUGGCCGGUGCAGUGUGCCGAAGCAGAGCGAAACUAGAUGGCAAAACGGUGUUGAUAACCGGAGCAAACACUGGAAUCGGGAAAGAGACGGCUGUGGAUUUGGCAACGAGGGGGGCAAGAGUGAUUCUGGCCUGCAGGGAUAUGGGCAGGGCCAACAGAGCUGCAGUGGAGAUCAGGCAAAGGAGUGGAAAUGGGAAUGUAGUAGUGAAGAAGUUAGAUCUGGCGUCACUGCAGUCCGUCCGGGAUCUGGCCAAAGACAUCCAGGAGAAUGAGGAGAGACUGGACAUCCUCAUCAAUAACGCAGGUAUCAUGUGGUGCCCGAAAUGGACAACAGAGGAUGGAUUUGAAAUGCAAUUUGGAGUGAACCACUUAGGACAUUUCCUGUUAACCAACUGCCUCCUUGAUCUGCUGAAGAAGUCCGCACCCAGCCGGAUAGUCAACGUCUCCAGUCUGGCCCAUGAGAGAGGUCAAAUCUAUUUUGAUGACAUUAACCUGGAGAGAGACUAUGGUCCUCGUAAGAGUUAUGCACAGAGCAAGCUGGCCAAUGUCCUCUUUACCCGUGAGCUUGCAACAAGACUAAAAGGCACUGGUGUGACAGUCUACUGCCUUCAUCCUGGAGUGAUCCGUACUGAACUAUCUCGGCAUGCCUGGGGCAGAAUUUACUUCUGGAUGAAGCCUCUGUUUGCUAUGGUGAUGAUGCUAAUCAAGUCUCCCUGGGAAGGAGCACAGACAACCAUCUUCUGUGCUGUUGAUGAAAGUCUGCAGAACACAAGUGGCCUCUACUAUAGUGACUGUGCUCCUAAAGAACCUGCCCCACAGGCCAAAGACGAGGCUGCCGCACGAAGACUGUGGGACCUUAGUGAGUCUAUGGUGGGAUUGGACUGAAGGGAGAAAGAAGAUUCCUCUCUCCAUCUCUCUCUUUCUCUCUCUCGUACAGACACAAAUGAAAUGCAGAUAAAAUUAUAUGGCUUUGGCUUAAUCAAGUGUCAGAUGCCU